AUGGCGCAGGUCCCGGCCACGUCUCGUUCUGUGUGCGUGGGGUCGCCAUGCACUUCAGACAUUAAAUACCGCAUAAACCCAAACCGAACCCACGGCUGCCGGGCCGACCCCGACGCAGAACCCACGGCUGCCGCGCCGACCCCGACGCAGAACCCACGGCUGCCGCGCCGACCCCGACGCAGAGCCCACGGCUGCCGGGCCGACCCCGACGCAGAGCCCACGGCUGCCGGGCCGACCCCGACGCAGAGCCCACGGCUGCCGGGCCGACCCCGACGCAGAGCCCACGGCUGCCGCGCCGACCCCGACGCAGAGCCCACGGCUGCCGGGCCGACCCCGACGCAGAGCCCACGGCUGCCGGGCCGACCCCGACGCAGAGCCCACGGCUGCCGGGCCGACCCCGACGCAGAGCCCACGGCUGCCGGGCCGACCCCGACGCAGAGCCCACGGCUGCCGCGCCGACCCCGACGCAGAGCCCACGGCUGCCGCGCCGACCCCGACGCAGAGCCCACGGCUGCCGGGCCGACCCCGACGCAGAGCCCACGGCUGCCGGGCCGACCCCGACGCAGAGCCCACGGCUGCCGGGCCGACCCCGACGCAGAGCCCACGGCUGCCGGGCCGACCCCGACGCAGAGCCCACGGCUGCCGGGCCGACCCCGACGCAGAGCCCACGGCUGCCGGGCCGACCCCGACGCAGAGCCCACGGCUGCCGGGCCGACCCCGACGCAGAGCCCACGGCUGCCGGGCCGACCCCGACGCAGAGCCCACGGCUGCCGGGCCGACCCCGACGCAGAGCCCACGGCUGCCGGGCCGACCCCGACGCAGAGCCCACGGCUGCCGCGCCGACCCCGACGCAGAGCCCACGGCUGCCGCGCCGACCCCGACGCAGAGCCCACGGCUGCCGCGCCGACCCCGACGCAGAGCCCACGGCUGCCGCGCCGACCCCGACGCAGAGCCCACGGCUGCCGGGCCGACCCCGACGCAGAGCCCACGGCUGCCGCGCCGACCCCGACGCAGAGCCCACGGCUGCCGGGCCGACCCCGACGCAGAGCCCACGGCUGCCGGGCCGACCCCGACGCAGAGCCCACGGCUGCCGGGCCGACCCCGACGCAGAGCCCACGGCUGCCGGGCCGACCCCGACGCAGAGCCCACGGCUGCCGGGCCGACCCCGACGCAGAGCCCACGGCUGCCGCGCCGACCCCGACGCAGAGCCCACGGCUGCCGCGCCGACCCCGACGCAGAGCCCACGGCUGCCGCGCCGACCCCGACGCAGAGCCCACGGCUGCCGGGCCGACCCCGACGCAGAGCCCACGGCUGCCGGGCCGACCCCGACGCAGAGCCCACGGCUGCCGGGCCGACCCCGACGCAGAGCCCACGGCUGCCGGGCCGACCCCGACGCAGAGCCCACGGCUGCCGCGCCGACCCCGACGCAGAGCCCACGGCUGCCGGGCCGACCCCGACGCAGAGCCCACGGCUGCCGGGCCGACCCCGACGCAGAGCCCACGGCUGCCGGGCCGACUCCGACGCAGAACCCACGGCUAUCGGGCCGACUCCGACGCAGAACGGGCCUACAGGACGGAGUAG